AUGCGCCUCGAUGUUAAGCGGCAACUCUUUGCCCGCUCGGAGCGGGUUAAGGGAAUCGAUUUCCACCCAACAGAGCCAUGGAUCUUGACCACGCUGUAUAGCGGUCACGUCUAUAUCUGGUCCUACGAAUCGCAGUCGAUCAUCAAGACAUUCGAGCUCACAGAUGUCCCCGUCCGUGCCGGUCGUUUCAUUGCGCGAAAGAACUGGAUUGUUUGUGGUUCGGAUGACUUCCAACUUCGUGUUUACAACUACAACACCUCCGAGAAGAUCACCUCAUUCGAAGCACACCCAGAUUACAUCCGUUCGAUCGCUGUCCACCCUACGCAGCCAUUCGUCCUGACUGCCUCCGAUGAUAUGACUAUCAAGCUGUGGGAUUGGGAGAAGGGCUGGAAAUGUGUCCAGGUCUUCGAGGGCCACAGCCAUUAUAUCGAACCGUCAAGAUUUGGAACCUUGGAUCCCCCCCACGCCAACUUCACAUUGGAAGCCCACGAGACUAAGGGCGUGAACCACGUGGAUUAUUACCCAGCUGCGGACAAGCCCUACCUUCUCACAACCUCAGACGACAAAACAGUCAAGGUCUGGGACUAUACGACUAAGGCGCUGAUCGCAACCUUGGAGGGCCACACCAGCAAUGUCUCUUUCGCUUGUUACCACCCCGAGUUGCCUGUCAUUAUCUCAGGUUCUGAGGAUGGGACUAUCAAGAUUUGGCACGCCAAUACUUACCGCCUCGAACAGUCACUAAGCUAUGGCCUGGAGCGGGCAUGGUGUGUGGCUUACCAGAGGGGCCGCCAGGGAGUUGCUAUGGGUUUUGAUGAUGGUGCCGUGGUAGUGAAGAUGGGCCGUGAGGAGCCCGCUGUCUCCAUGGAUGGCUCUGGCAAGCUUAUCUGGGCCCGACACAGUGAGGUUGUUUCCACCGUCAUCAAAGGCGGUGAUGCGACACUCAAAGAUGGCGAGCCCCUGAUUUUGCCAACGAAGGACCUGGGUACCUGUGAAGUGUACCCUCAAACACUAUCUCACUCCCCUAAUGGCCGUUUUGUUUCUGUCUGCGGCGACGGUGAAUAUAUCAUUUACACUGCGCUGGCGUGGCGCAACAAGGCUUUUGGCCAGGCUCUUGAUUUUGCAUGGGGCUCGAAGGAAAACAGCAACGACUACGCUAUCCGCGAGUCAACGACCAGUGUCAAAAUCUUCAAAAAUUUCAAAGAACAGAGCCCUGGUCUCGAUGUGGGCUUCCAAGCCGAGGGCUUGAGUGAUGGUGUCCUCCUGGGUGUCAAGGGCCAGGGUGGCAUCGGGCUCUUUGACUGGGAAAGCGGCAACCUGGUCCGGCGGAUUGAGGUCGAUCCUAAGAACGUCUACUGGUCCGAGUCGGGAGAGCUGGUUACUCUUGCUUGUGAAGACACUUUCUACGUGCUUCGCUAUUCUAGAGAAGCCUACAUUAAUGGUGUCAACAAUGGCGAAGCCGAUGAAGAUGGCGUCGAGGCUGCUAUUGACCUUGUCGCCUCUAUCAGCGAGGAGGUUCGCACUGGUGAAUGGGUCGGCGACUGUUUCAUCUACACAAACUCGACCAACCGCCUGAACUAUCUUGAUGGUCGCAUCUAUCUCUGCGACAAAGAUGUCAAUGUCGUCUCUUUUGGACUCUCUCUUAGCAUGGUUGAGUACCAGACCGUGGUGCUCCGUGGUGACAUGGAGACAGCUGCUGAGCUGCUAAAGGAUGUUCCUCACGACCAAAUGAACAAGGUGGCUCGAUUCCUUGAGGGCCAAGGAUACAAAGAUCUGGCUCUUGAGGUCGCUACCGACCCAGAGCACCGAUUUGAUUUGGCCCUGUCUCUCAAUGACCUCGAGACCGCUCUCGAGAUUGCCCGUGAAUCCAACGCCGACUCCCACAAGUGGAAGACCAUUGGUGAUGCUGCCCUUGCCGGCUGGAACCUCAAGCUGGCCGAGGAGUGCUUUGCCAACGCUAAAGACUUUGGCUCUCUCUUGUUAUUGCACACUGCUUCCAACAACCGUUCUGGCUUGCGUGCGCUAGCCGCCCAAGCCUCCGAGGCUGGUCUGCACAAUGUGGCCUUCUCCACUCUCUGGGCUCUCGGCGAAGUUGAUACCUGUAUCGAUCUCCUUGUCCAGACCGGCCGUAUCGCCGAAGCUGUUCUAUUUGCGCAAACUUACAAGCCCUCUCGCGCACCAGCACUUGUGGUUCAAUGGAAGGAGUCGCUUGAGACUUCGGGCAAGACUAAGGUGGCUCGUCUCAUCGGUAUUCCCCCGGGGGCUCCCAACGUUGCUUCGACAGAUGAUGACUUGUUCCCGGAGUGGGACGAAUACCUUCGUAUCGAGAAGGAGGGCGUCGUACCCGAGCCCCCUCGUCCGAAUCCUUGA